AUGUCAAUUUUUGCUAGGUUGCGUGUCAAAGAUGACUUGAAUAAUCUUGUAAUCAAAUUAGAAAACAUGAAAUUGGAAGAGAAUGUGCUGACAUUUACCAUGAGAUUCAAUAGCAUGUAUUAUAAGAAGAAAUACACAUUCCGGCUGGUUUUUCCAGAUGAUUAUCCAUUUGUAGGACCAAAGCUGUAUUGUCAGACACCAACAUUCCAUCCUAACAUCUAUGAAGGCGUAGUCUGCCUAAAGAUCCUACGAGAUGGCUGGAUGCCAUCAUACAACAUAAAUAGUGCUGUUUUGAGCCUGAUAGAAAUAUUUGAGAAUGUCUCAGAAGAGGAUCCAUUUAACGAAGAAGCAGCCAACAUGCUUCAAUUUGAUCCAGUUAAAUUUAUGGAGAAAAUCAAAGAAUGUGAAAAAAAACAGGAAAUGUAG